AUGCCAGAUUCCACGGUGGAAGAGCUCUGGGAUCUUCCCAAAGAUUAUGCCCCUCCCACGGAAAUGGUCCACGAAAAUGCACGUGAGAUGGCAGCUAUCAAGGGUGUCAGCUGGGACCACCGUAUCGAAUACAUCAAGGUCUACGCUGAGCUUGCGAUUUUUGUUGACGAGCUCAACUGCUACAUAUACACCAAUCCAUUUUUGCGUGACGACCACCUCCUCCGAACGGGGUAUCGAUCCUGGGCUGCCAACCCCGAGCUCUACCGGCGCCAGGGGUUGGGAGUCAAGGACUGCAUUAGCCAACAGGACAGCCUCUUCCGGCUGCAGGCCACCCAGACCCACCCAGAGUUCUUAGAUAAGCUCAAGGGAAACUUUGACACACUCAUUUCGCAAUCCAUCCACUCGGGGCUUGAGGUCCUGUGGACGCUCCUCCGAGACCUCCAAGACCGGUUCUUGAUGGACCACCGGGCAGACGUGUACGCGCAGUACAUAGAGAUCAAGGGUGUGCAUGAGGUUGUGAAGGAGGUUGUGAAAUGCAUUCUGGCGAUCAGGAUCGCCACAGUGGCCACCCGGAGUGGUGCAAAAACAUAUCGAGGCCGGUCGCUUGACGUAACAUUCCAUGAAAACACCGAGAGCCUCAAAAAGAGCCUCAGGCUCUUGCGCAUGCUCGUGGACACGGAUGUGUAUUACUGCUCUGAUUACUUUGUGCCCGACUCUAACGUCUACCAGAUAACCCAUGUGGUGGCCAAGACGUAUAGCCUGGUACCAGAGGCAACGGCGCUCAUGCUAAUCCUCCACGAGGGCAUCAUCGAACCGGUGUGGCCGCUUGUGCUAUUCUUCAUUCCCAAGAUUCGCUACUUUCGGGUGAAAUUAUGGACAGACGGGCAGGCACCACCUGACUAUGAGAAGAUUUUGACCCAUAGGGCAGUCCUGGGACGCGUAUGGGACAUCUACGAUGCGAAGAGAAAGUACGAACGCGUGCGAAAGUUUCCGGUGGAUGAGAUAACAGCCGUAAACAACACCUGGGAGUUUUUCAUGUGUUUACACGACUUUCUCAAGCAUUUGGCCGAAUUUAUUGAGGUAUUUGCCCUCGAUUACCGCGAAAAAUUGCUCCUGAUGACGGAUACAGAGAGCGCGGACUACCGGUGGACAGACGAUGUUUCCGUCGAGGCGUUUGACUAUGCAGUAGCCUUUGGCUACAAGUGGAUGCUCAGCUACUGCCAGGAAGUUUCCGAAACGUGUAUUGCGGUUCAGGGUAACUGCUUACUCACAGAACUGGUGAUUUCCCCCUCGAAAUACCUUACUGCUUCGUUCAACGACCAGCAGAAAGAGCUUGUCAUGCCCAAAUUCUUUCCUCAGGUCUUGUUGGAGAAAUAUCCCAGGGUUCUACCAGGUUUAAAGCGCUCCAGGGGACAACUACGGGAAUCUUUUGGUGACACGGAAAAGUUCUUGGGAAUGUUGCAACCGCUAGUCUCGGGUAUGGCAGUGGUCAACAAGGUACAGUUGGUGAGGCCAUUAUAA